AUGCCACCUACAGGACAGAUCCAGGCCAAGCCAUCCUUGACCCUAGACACAUUGCCUCCAGAAGUUUUUCUGACCAUCGUCUCUUUUCUGCCCCCGAGCUCUAUCGCCUGUCUCAGUCUGGCUUCAAAAUGGUACCAGGAUACCCUUGAGAAUCAGUUCGAUUUAAAGGGACAAAGCAAGACGACCGAGAAAGCUCGCUUUCUGCGGCUUCUGGAGGAGGACUUGCCCGAAAUGAUAGCAUGCUACUCCUGUAAUAUCCUGUACCAUUGGAAAAAUACCUGGGCAUAUCUCUGUCCCAAUCAUUUGGUGCAUGCGUCGGCGCCGUGGGGAGUCCUGAAUGCUCCCAACAUCUAUCGAAACAUUGUGGAUGUGUUCCUGAGAGGAUUUGCGAAGGGGCCUCAAUACGGACCCCAGCUCCAUGAGCUACCUCUCCUCUGCACGCCCAACCGAGGCAACGAUACCGAGUACUCUCACGGCGAUGCGUAUAUGGGGAUCAAGAGUCUUGACGCCCGGGUCGUCGAGGAGAAGCUUCUACUGCAUCGCGUCCACGAGAUGUCAUUUUCCAUAUCAGCUCAGCCACCGGAUAAUUCUGAAUCUGAGACUUGGAGGGCUGACUUCCGUGAAAAUGUUGAGCGUAAAAUUGUGCCUGCACUCGAUGAGUUCGGGAAGAUUGGCUGUGUUCACACUUUCAAUACGAUGCCUGCAAUUGUUUGGCUCGCGCUACGGCAACUCAGGGGCUGGGGCUGGCACCCGUCCAACUGUUUAACGAAAAGUCUGGUUCUAAUGAACUGCUGCUACUGCGCCACCGACAUACGAGUCCGGCUGAAAUAUUGGACAGGGUGCCCCGGCUCGUGUAUUCACAUUGAAAUAGAGAUAUGGCAAUGUUUGGGAAGUCGAGAGUCCGACAGCAGAGACAAGGCAGAAGAUGCCAUUUUCCAAUUCAUAGGCCCGCUGUUCUGCGACCUCGGUCGACCUCCCGACCGCAACCUUGAAAAGAUGUUCAAAGAAGGAGGAUUCGAGGGGGGGCGUCCUGCAUUGUGCUCACCCGACCAACCUCAACAGCGUCAGUAUUGGAUGCAGCUGUGGCGUUGGAACCCAGCCACCAACCCACCUGGCUCGUACGGAUUCAACGCGCCUGGUACCGAGUCAAUUCGAAUUGAGGACGAGAUUGUGGGCACUCCAUGUGCGCCACAGUGA